UGACUGACAGACGGACGGAUGUUCCUCGGCCAGCUGACCACUCUCCUGAGCCUGCUCAGUGGGACCCGGUUACACACGGGCUCCGGGAGGCCUGGACUCCUGGGGCCCCCACCUCAGCUCUGGGAUGCCACCAAUCAGACCCGGGCCCUGGGCCAAGGGACCCUAGGUUCCCAGGAACAGUUCUCUGCCCUCAGCAGCUGGAAGGCCUUCUUGGGCCUGCAGAAAACUGGGCCGCUGGGGAGAGGUAGCCAGCACCAUGGGCAGGAGGUGGCCCCGACCGUGUCUCUGCCACUGGACCCGCAGGAAGUGGCCCAGGAGAUGUGCAAGGCUGUGCCCUACACUCAGGUGCUCUCCCGGCCCGGCUGCUCGUCAGUUCACCUCCGCAAUCACCUCUGCUUUGGCCGCUGCUCCUCCCUCUACAUCCCCAGCUCGCAGCCCACCCCGCUCGUCCUCUGCAACAGCUGUGUGCCCGCUCGCAAGCGCCGGACCCCUGUCCUCCUGUGGUGUCGGGCGAGUCGCCCAGACUCCCGUCGACGGAUGAAGACAUCUACUGUGCUGGUUGAAGGCUGUCAGUGCAGCCCGAAGGCGUGAUCUGCGCUUGAUGGACAGACACACAGACGCAAACUCCUUGGGGAGAUGCGGGAGUGGGGGGGACGUGCCCAGAAGACGCUGACCUGGAUCAUGAGCACUGGGUCAAGAGACCGGGGACAAAGGAACAGCCAGACAGGGCUCCAGGGACACCAGAUGUAUCCUCACUGGGGAGGUGGGGGUGUGGACCACUCACAGUCAUAGCACACAUUUUUGGAGCACUCUGUUUGCCCCGUCCCGCGCUGAGUGUUUGACACCCACUACUUCACGUCCUCCUCGGAGCAGCCCAAGGAGAUACGGGUUGGUAUCAUCCCAUUUCCCAGAGAAGGAAACUGAGACUCUAGGAGGCAAAGUCACUUGCUCAGGUCACACAGCAAUAAGUGACAGAUCCGGCAUUCGAAUCCUAGGCCGCGUGGCAACGAAUUUUAACCACCAGGCCGGACCCCAUCUCAUCGAAUGGAAGACACGCUCCCAGCUACCAGGAGGACGGAUGCUCCUGCGCAGAGUAGGCGACACAGGGAUGACCCAUUCUUGGGACCUCAAGAAACCAAGGCGGGGAGGCCCACGGAGCCGCGGGGGGAAACGUGUGCUCCCCAAGUCAGGGGCAGGACCAUGUGA